AUGAGGCUGGACAACAACUCAUUCCGGUUGGCCGAGUCCAUGCCGGCCAUGGACGCUGUCUUCCUAGCCUGGAACUACAUAGGCAACCGCGAUGCCAAGCGCAUGAUCUUCCACUACCUCACCACCACCGCGCGAGCCGCUGUUGCCAAGGCGGACGUAGUCCUCUGCAACACCUUCGAGGAGCUCGAGCCGGACAUCGUCGCCCCCUACUCCCCAGCUUCUUCCAUCCUGCCUAUCGGUCCGCUGCGGACCUGGCAGCGCCUAACGAGCGAGGCGCCGGCCGGGCACUUCUGGCGCGCCGACGACAAGGCUUGCCUGUCCUUCUUGGACGCGCAGCCCUAUGGCUCUGUCGUGUACGUGGCCUUCGGGAGCUUGAUGGUCAUGAGCCCCGCGCAGCUCCAGGAGCUCGCGUUGGCUCUGCUGGCAUCCGCUCGCCCAUUCCUAUGGGUGUUCAGGCCUGGGUUGACAACCAAGCUCCCCACUGCGUUCACGGAUCUCUUGCCACAUCAUGAGAGGAGUAAGGUGGUGGAGUGGGCACCGCAGGAGUGUGUGCUUGCACACCCUGCAAUUGGGUGUUUCUUGACGCAUUGCUGGUGGAACUCGACAUUGGAAGGCAUCCGCAAUGGUGUGCCUUUGCUUUGUUGGCCCUACUUUACCGACCAGUUCACGAACCAAACAUAUAUUUGUGAUAUUUGGAGGGUGGGCCUAAGGGUGAUGCCCAAGGGCAAUGAUGGCAUUGUCACCAAAGAGAGAAUCUUGGAGAGAUUGGAGAGCCUAUUGGGUGAUAGUGGUGUCAAGGAAAGGGUGAAAAGAUUAAAGGAUUUGGCAGAGAAGAGCAUGAGGGAAGAGGGACAAUCUUUGAGGAACCUCAACGCCUUCAUAGAAUCUAUGAGAAAGUGA